GGUUUGUACGGAAGUAACCGCUUAGGUUUUAUUCUUCAUAUAUCCUCCUCCACACCAAUUCCCCUUCUUCGCAAACCCUAGACUGGCUACAGAACUCAAAAUCCUCUUUUUAUCUUUCUCUAUCUCAUCUUACAAUCACUUUAGCUUCUCGAUCGGUCCGUAAUCGCAAAAGAUAAGAAGAAAGCAUGAGCACUAAGCCGCCAGUUGUGAAGUAUGCAAGAGGUGGUGGUAGACAAAGGAAAGGAGGGCUGGAUCUGAAUGUUCCUCCUCCAAAUGAAAACCAAGAACAAGCAGGAGGGCCAACUGUUUCAGUAUCUCAGACUUCCAUAACUACUGCUCCGACUAUUCCAGGAUCAGCACUACCUGCUCCCAUUGAUGUUGAGGAAUUGGAUGAUGAUGUUGUUAUAUCCUCCCCUAGAGCAUUUGAAGAAGCUAAAAAGAAAUCACAAAGAAUUCGAAAAAGGCCUUUGGUGGUUGAUGUGGAACCUGAAGAGGUUUCUGCUAGGAUCAUUGGUCAAAAUAACCAUGGAAACAAACGGAAAAGAGGUGCUGGAAUUCCACCAGUUAUCAAUUGUGAGAUGUAUGUCAAUUUGGAAGGAGGAAGCAGCGGUUCUAUGAGAGUGAGAGCACCACCACCGCCACCACCACCACCACCACCGCCGCCACCGGAGCCGACCUUCAGCUGUCCUGUUUGCAUGGGAUCAUUAGUUGAGGAGGUGACAACAAAAUGUGGUCAUAUUUUCUGCAAGGCGUGUAUCAAGGCUGCAAUUAAGGCUCAGUCUAAAUGUCCUACAUGUAGGCGGAAAGUCACAAACAAAGAUAUUAUUAGGGUUUACCUUCCCACCGCAAAGUGAGUUGCAAGUGUAUUAAUGGUGUCUAUGGAUAUGUAAAGGAGAUGGUGGAGUUAAACAGGUAAUGAGUGAGAAAGAGAAAGUAGAAGAAUUGUUCUGGGUUUUUUAGUUUCGGUUCUUUUGUGCUGUGUUGUGUUGUGUUGAGGGGUAGGAAUGUCAACUUCUCAAAUGUGUUUCUGAACCACACUUGAGUUCUAUUUGAUCUCCUUGUGUCUGAA